AUGGCGGAAUUGACGACAGGGCAAUGCACGAAGCCGUCAGCGGGUGUUGCUGGUUGUGGGGUGAGCCCAAUUGUUCGUAUUGCAGCCUGCGAGGCCUGGGUGUUCAAACGCGCGCUGGACGCCGGUGCCCAUGGGGCUAUGGUGCCAUUUGUUUCCACGGCCGAGGAGGCUAAGGCUGCUUUGAAUUAUGCCAAUCCCUUCCCGAUGGGAGCCUUCAACGCCAGUUCUUCAAUCGAGUAUCUCAAGUCCGCAAAUUACAGCAUUCUCACAAUUGACCAGAUCGAGACCAAACAGGCGCUGGAUAAUGUCGAUGCAAUUGCGGGUGUGGAAGGGGUUGAUGUACUCUUUGUGGGACCUUUUGAUCUCGGAAAUUCGCUCGGGUGUCCGAUCAUCUCAUGA